AUGGACAGAUCAUGGAUGUACCUUGCACCAAGAUCAAGUCAAACUUUUGUUAAUGGGGUGCAGACCUUCUUAAAUUUUGCAUUUGAGAGAGCAUGUGUGAAUGGGACGUUGAUAAAGUGUCCAUGUACAAGUUGUCUAAACAUGAAAUAUAAGAGUAGACAAACUGUUCAUCACCUUAUAUGUUCAGGGUUCCGACCUGAAUACUGGAAAUGGGUAUAUCAUGGAGAAGGCACAACGGUUGCAUCAACAACCACAACCUAUGACGAGGAAGAGGAGAUAUUACGCCAUGAAAUGCAUGAAAUGUUGGAUGAUAUAUUUGAAACAGAAGGUGGAAUUGGAGUCGAGAUGCAUGAGACUGCUUCAAAUAAUAGUGAAGAGACGAAUACCAGAAGAAGCGAAUUUGAUGACCUUGUCAAGGAAGCUGAAGAAAAGGUGUACCAGAAUUGCAAAUACAACAAGUUAUCUUGUGUUGUGCGUUUGUACCAAUUAAAAUAUCUCAAUGGAUGGAGUAGCAAAUCUUUCACUAUGUUGUUAGAGUUUCUGAAGGAUUUGUUACCUAAAGGAAAUUUGUUACCUAAAACAACGCAUCAAGUGAAGAAAAUUAUGGCAAGCUUGGGAUUAAGAUAUGAAAAAAUCCAUACAUGUCGUAAUGGUUGCAUGUUGUUCUGGGAUGAUAAAGAGAAAGAUGAAGUUUGUUCUUUUUAUGGAUCUUCUAGAUGGAAAGUUCAUGAAGCUAGUCCAGAAGAUGAAGAGAGUCCUCCCAAGAAGAAGGCUUGUAAAAUAUUAAGAUGGUUUCCUUUAAAACCUAGACUUCAAAGAUUGUUUAUGUCAUCAAAGACGUCUAAUCUUAUGAACUGGCAUCAUAUUGACCGUGUGAAAGAUGGCAAAUUGCGGCAUCCAGCAGAUGCGUUAGUUUGGAAAGAUUUUGAUGAAAAGUUUUCCGAAUUUGCUAGUGAUCCCCGUAAUGUUCGUCUAGCUCUUGCAAGUGAUGGCUUCAACCCAUUUAGGUCAAUGAAUUCGUCACAUAGUACUUGGCCAGUUUUUCUUAUUCCUUACAAUUUGCCACCAUGGUUGGUUAUGAAGCAACCAAAUUUUAUUCUUUCUUUAAUCAUCCCAGGUCCCAAUGGUCCAGGAAACAAGAUAGAUGUGUAUAUGCAACCUUUGAUAAAAGAAUUGAAGGAGUUAUGGGAAGAUGGAGUUUCUACAUUUGAUGCCUCAACGAAACAAUACUUCCAGUUGAAGGCAUCUAUUAUUUCUACCAUAUCUGACUUUCCAGGCUAUGCCAAUCUGUCCGGGUGGAGCACUAAAGGAGCACUUGCAUGUCCUGUAUGUAGUUUUGAUACCGAUUCCAAUUGGCUUAGUCACGGACGAAAGUACUGUUACAUGUGUCAUCGAAGGUGGUUUCCAUCUGACCAUCGUUGGCGUUCAGAUACUAUAUCCUUUGUUGGACACCAUGAAUUUAGAGUUGCUCCUGUUCCUUCUUCUGGAGAGGAGGUUCUACAACAACUAGAUAACACUGAAUUUCUUGUCGACAAGGAUGUCCCUGGUCCAUGGAAAAAGAAAAGUAUUUUUUUUUAUGUUGCCAUAUUGGGAGCAUUUGUUGUUGCGUCACAAUCUUGA